GAAAGAUUUGAAGCAACUAAAUCUAAAGCCUCUUUAUUUAUUGAGGCCGAAAAGCAAAAAAGGAAGAACAAAAAGCCCGAAAUCCAGGCCGGAGAAUAAUGGUCGAUGUCAUAAGGAGGACAAAGGCAUCAACGAGAGAGAGAGAGAGAGAGAGUGUCGGUGAUCGUCAGCAGCAAAAACUCACCUCUUAUUUCGUUUCAUAGAAUUCUUCUUGAUUUUGUUUAUCCUCGUCUAAAACCAAGUCAAUCUCAAAACCCCAAAUCACUAAUUUGAAUAAAGCUGCUCAAUUUCUGACACCCUCAUCGUUUUCACCGGGAUUUAAUAUUAAUCUGCUGUUUUGUGAUGUCCAAUCAGAACCCAAAGCCGAUUAGAACCCAUUCAAAUAUUCGGCAGAAAGUUGUUGGCUUUUGCUUGCUUGCGUUGUUCAAAUUUUGAAACCGUCAGCUGCUGCUUUUGCUUUCUGUUCUUUUCUUUUUCUCAGAGAGAGAGAGAGAGAGAGAGAGAGAGAGAGAGAGAGAGAGAGAGAGAGAGAGAGAGAGAUGGUGGUGAGGAAAGUGGGAAAGUAUGAGGUUGGGAGGACGAUCGGCGAAGGGACCUUCGCCAAGGUGAAGUUUGCCCAGAACACUGAGACGGGUGAGAGUGUCGCCAUGAAAGUGCUGGAUCGCACUACCAUCAUUAAGCACAAGAUGGUCGACCAGAUCAAGAGGGAAAUAUCGAUAAUGAAGCUUGUCAGGCACCCCUACGUUGUUCGUCUGCAUGAGGUUCUAGCAAGCCGUACUAAGAUUUAUAUAAUCUUGGAGUUCAUUACUGGUGGAGAAUUGUUUGAUAAAAUCGUUCAUCAUGGGCGACUUAGUGAAGGCGAAUCGAGGAGAUACUUCCAACAGCUUAUUGAUGGGGUGGAUUAUUGCCACAGCAAGGGAGUUUAUCAUAGAGACUUAAAGCCGGAGAACCUGUUGCUUGAUUCUCUAGGAAAUUUAAAAAUUUCCGAUUUUGGUCUUAGUGCUUUGCCCGAACAAGGAGUCAGCCUCCUUCGGACAACCUGUGGCACCCCUAACUAUGUAGCACCUGAGGUACUCAGUCACAAGGGUUAUGAUGGUGCCGUGGCAGAUGUUUGGUCCUGCGGGGUUAUCCUUUAUGUCCUGUUGGCAGGUUAUCUUCCGUUUGAUGAGCUUGACCUAACCACACUAUAUAGUAAGAUUGAGAAAGCAGACUUCACAUGCCCAUCUUGGUUUCCAGUGGGAGCAAAAUCCUUGAUUCACAGAAUUUUAGAGACAAACCCAGAAAAGCGUAUUGCAAUUGAACAGAUAAGAAAUGAUGAGUGGUUUCAGAAGAAUUACAUUCCUGCCCGACUACUUGAAUAUGAAGAUGUAAAUCUGGAUGAUGUAAAUGCUGUUUUUGACGAAGCCGACUCUGAGCAGGAACAAAGGGUUAUCGAGCACCAUGGAAAUGAAGACAUGGGUCCUUUAGUUCUUAAUGCAUUUGACUUGAUAAUUCUAUCUCAAGGCUUAAACCUCGCAACAAUGUUUGACCGUGGAAAGGAUUCUAUGAAAUAUCAGACACGCUUUGUUUCACAAAAGCCAGCAAAGGUUGUAUUAUCCAGUAUGGAAGUUGUUGCCCAAUCAAUGGGUUUCAAGACACACAUUCGCAACUAUAAGAUGAGAGUGGAGGGUCUUUCAGCAAAUAAAACUUCUCAUUUCUCCAUUAUCCUUGAAAUUUUUGAAGUUGCUCCGACCUAUUACAUGGUAGACAUUCAGAAAGCCGCUGGAGAUGCUAGUGAAUUCCUCAAGUUCUACAAGAACUUCUGUAGCAAUCUUGAGGAUAUCAUCUGGAAACCUCCUACUGAAACUAGCAAAUCGAGGAUCGGCAAAAGCAAAAGUAAAAAGCGCUGAUUUCUGACAUGUGUAUCAUCUACUUUCGGUUAUCAGUGCUAGACAUGUACUUUGCAAUGGUUUUGACCUUUGGGCGCAUCGCAUGGGGUGUUCAAGUUGUGAUUGCAGUUUACCGAACCCUAUCAGGAAUCUCCUUCCCCGUGACACUACAGCACCUGAAGAAGAGGGAAGAAAAGAAUCCAGAAGGAAAGAGAUGUAUUUCGUUUUUGUUUUUUCGUGUAAAACUUUGUAACUUUGUAUAAACCGAGUUGUUUAGCGUAAAUGAUUGUAUAAACUGAGUCUUAGUCCGGAUGUAAAUAAUGUUAUAGAUAUGAGCACAGCCUCUUAUUUAUCUCCAGUUCA